AUGGCGUUCCCUUACUUGGAGGCUGUUCUGGGUCAGCGACUUUCCCUCCACCUGUGCUGGCUCUCUUAUUUUUUUCAUUACUUGUCUUUUCUUCGAUAGUCUUCCCUAGUCGCCCCCGAUCUCCCCCCUUGUCUCGUUAUCGUCUUCUUAUUUAUUUUCUUCUCUUCCUCUUUAUUUAUCAUGUUGUCGAUGCCCCGGCGAAUAUGGCCGCGCUGUUGGUCGUUUGCGUGUUGUAUUACUCCUUUUUGGCUCUUGCAUCUAUUCUUCGAAUGAUGCCGGUCUUCGAGGAAUGUUCUUCUAGGAUCUGCCAUUGUUUUCCACUAGUUAUUAGUUUUGUAUGAUUUCUACAGCUCUAUGGCCAUAAGCAUCUCUUAAUUUGCUGCUGAUUUUAUGAUUUCAUGGAAAUUUUUGCUUAUACGGGUUUUUUUCUGGUCUAAAAUUAAUUUUCUGGGUAGAACGGUGGUCAGCUUUGUUUGCCAUGAAAAGUAUGCUAUUGAAAGAAAUAAUUUUUUAGUCGGUUUUUGAGGUCUUUCUAUUUUAUUGCUUCAAAGUAAAUAAAUCAAAUAAUUGAUUGAAAAUAUGGCUGUGAUUUUCAGAAAUUAGUUAAAAGUUGUUGCAAAUCUCUAGCAUAUGACUGGUUAUUAUUUUUGAAGUUCCGGUCGCGUGCAUAUUAUAUUUCAGGAACGGUAAAAAUAAAUUUGACGUGUGUUUUAUGUGUCAGAGAUAAACAUGGCUUGCUAAGGUUUAAUGGCAUUCUAAGUCUCUGUUGAAUCAUGGAAAAAAUGAUUAGUUAUUCAGUGACUUCAUUUCAUCUUGGUUUUGUAUGUAAGGACCUGCAACGACAAAAAAUCUUGCAUAUGUAAAGGCAGGAUGUAAUACGCUGUGUCUAAGUAAAAUAGUAGGGGUAUGAUGGAAUCAUCUUUUAUCAUCUAUUUUCGCUUUAAUGAUUAAAUUCGUAGAGUUUAGUGUACUGAAAUUCCAAAUCCUGUAAAAAUUUAUCUGAUCCGUGCUUCACAUUUUUCUGAAGACCUCCACUUUAUUUUGAUAUUUGUCUACAUGUUUUUAAUGAAAGUGCGAAUAUUUCUUUGCUUAUCAAUUUUAGUUCUUUCAGUGGACAUUUAGUUAUUUAUAAAUAAUUCCUUUUCCUGAAGAAUAAUGAUGGAACUGAAACUUAUUUCAAUAUUCCUGUGUUGGAACUUAUUUGUUGGAAGUCCUUUUUUUUUUUUUCCUUGCUGAGAAUUCUCUUACCUAGAUAAUGGCGUCAACUUGCCAAUGUCAGAGCUGCAUUAUUCAAUAUCCCAUUUUGUAUUGGAUUCCUGUCCAUUACACCGUUUUCAGAAUGCCCGAGCCCUGUGUUUUCCUUGGUAUAUUCAUAGUGGUUUUAAUCUCUAUCAUAUUUACUGAUGAUUCCCUGUCUUUUUUAUUCUGCUUUAUUAUCAAGGGAGUAAGUGUAUCUGGGAAUCAAGCUAAAAUUCUGUUGCCUUUGCUCAGGUUUCAUGAUUUGCGUAUACAUUUUUGAGACCUAUCUUGACAUUCGGCAGCAUGCGGCUCUCAAGUUGCCCACCUUACCUAAGCAAUUGGAAGGAGUAGUUAGUCAAGAGAAGUUUGUAAAGUCUCGAGCUUAUAGCCUUGACAAGAGGUUUGACUUUUGUUUCAACAAAAAUUAUAAAAUGUUGAACUCGUAUCAUGAUGCUUCCCUAGACCUAUAGUAUCAUGCUUAGUGUUUUUUAUUCCAUUAUGUUGUACCUGGUAAUGCUUGUUCAUAGUGUGGCCUGGUUUGAGCUGAUUUGACUAUCUUCUAUAACCUGUUCUCUUUCUUCUUCUUUAGAUUCAUGCCCUGCCAUUCAUGCUGUUAUUAUUAGAUUUGAUCUUAACUGACAUUCCUUCUCCUUUUUUACAUAUAUCAGCUACUUCCACUUUGUACGUGAAGCUGCGACGAUAGCUUUGGACAUUACGAUUCUGGCUUUUGGUCUACUUCCGUGGCUGUGGAAGGUAACAGAAGUGCCUCAUGUCUUAUUUCAUAUGCUCAUCGUGCCUUAUAUUUAUCAGCCUCUUUGUUGCAGAGAUCUGGCGAUAUUCUAUUGCGUGUGGGUCUCAGUGCGGAGAAUGAAAUAACUCAUACACUGUCAUUUUUGGCUGGGAUGAUGAUCUGGUCUAAGGUUUGGAUAUGGCUGUUCCCUUUUUCUUUGAAGUCUAAGGUUGUCAUGCUUGAAUCUGAUCUCUGCCAGAAAAUCGCUGUAGUUUCUCCGGAUUAGAUUUUUUUUCCAAGUAAAUCUUUUCUCAGGUAACCUUUGAUCUGUUUAUAUUGGGUAAAGACUGCAUCACUAAAUCUACCUGUCAUGCUUGCCGGGAGGAAAGUGUAUUCUAUGCCAGCUUUUUGCCAGAUGCAUAAUCAGCGGCUGAGUCAAAUCGUUCUUCUUAUGAAAAAAGGCUGUGGUUGAUGGCAUCUGCCAUAUAUCUUUUCCCAUAAGCAACAAAACAGAUAUAGUAGCACCCAAAUCCUUUGACUCAUAACAUUAGUCUGAACUCAGUCUUAAUUUUUGAUGUUUUUUUCAUCUUCCACAUCAUCACCAACACAGAUUUAUCUCCGUGUCUAGAAUUUCUAGCCUGUUUCUCAAGUGAUGCAGUCCUUUUGACGUUUCUGUAUAGAAUAAAAGCGAUGUGCCCCAAGUUUUGUUGGUCUAAAUCACGUGCUCUUAGGUCUGUUUCACGUGUGUUGAUGAUAAAACGAAGAUCAUGGUCCUAUCUUGAAUUUCCCGAUUAUGUUUAGGUUUGGUGGUUUUCAAUCCACGUGGACCUAUCUCUAAACGCUUUACCAUUCCAUAUCUUGCUUACCAAUUAGAGCGAAUGGAAUGAUAACAUCCCUUGUCCAGAUGUAAAGUCAUGUGAGCACUAACUCUUGUUGGUUUUGGCACGAGGAUCUUAGUUUUUCAUUCAGAGGAAGCUCGACUUUAGACUUCAUGUAUCCUGCCUAUGUUAAAUGUGUGAGAUUUAACUGUUAACUAGCGAAUAGUUGAGAUCGUAGUUUAGAUGUGGACAGUUUUAUUAAGAUGUUUCUGAAAAUUGUUGGGAAGGAGUUAUGUCUAUGGAUGAAACAUUCCCAUUAGAGCACCCAUGGUAUUUCUGUAUUAAAAUCUAAUUGAGACCUUCAUGGUGAACCUUGUCCUUUUGUAAAAUUUACCUGACAAGGUUUGUGUCCUGAGCUCUAUCUGAAAUGCAAACCUGCUUGGUUGGGCUUUCAUUGCAGGGUAUAACCUGGCCUCAUGAGGUCAGAGGAAUAUGCAAAAACCAGUUUAUUAGGAAAUAGAGAGAGAAAAAGAGAUAAUGUUCAAGAGAAGGAGGGAUAAUUAGAGUGACAGGGAAAAGGAAAAUAGAGAGAUAAAAGAGGGGGGCAGCAUUAGGGAAGGUGGAAAAGGAUAUGCUAGAAGAAGGCAGUCCUAUUUCAUGGGAUGAUGCUUGUGAAAUCAAAUCCCUUGUGGCUGUAAUAUGCUAUUGUUAACUGGAGGGUUUGACCGGCAGUGCUUGCAGCAUCUUGCAGUGGUAGGAAUCAUCGAGUGCCCCCCUUUUUCCUUCUCUGUACCUCUGGUGUAAAGAAGAUGAAACGUGAAAAUUGAACAGCUUAAGCUUGGUGGGACUAUUCCACUGGUUAAAUUUUGAAGACCAUUAAACAGUUAUUUUAAAUUAUGAUGCCCUUGUGAGACAAAAGUACUGAAAACCUCUUUCCUUUCAAAGUUUUAGCCAAAAAUGCUCUCAAAUACUAAAAACUAGUCUCUGCACUUCGGCCAUCCCGGGGUCGUCCGUUUUCAAAUUCGUGCCUGUAUGGUUAAAGAACUCUAUUGUGAAAUUUAUCCGUAUAUUCAGGAGUAAAAUUAAUCUGUGCUUUAUCUACAUUCGUGAUGCAGAUCACCGACUUGCCAUUUUCGUUGUAUUCAACUUUCGUGAUUGAGGCUCGUCACGGUUUCAAUAAAGUACGUUGUCCACCUCUUUAAUUCUUAUGUUUUUCUGUCGUUAUCUUCUUUCUAUUUCUAGUCAUCUCAACUUAUAAGCAUACUGAACUGCUUUCUCACCUUUUCUAUUUUCCUAGCAAACGGUAUGGCUAUUUUUCAGAGAUAUUUUCAAAGGAAUUCUGUUAUCAUUAGUAUUUGGUCCUCCAAUUGUCGCUGCAAUUAUUUAUAUAGUACAGGUAUUAAAUCUUCCAUUGCUACUAUAUAUCUGAAGAUUUUACAAUUUUUUUUUAGCAUUUUGACAUGGUUAGAUGAAAUCUAUGUGAUUCCAGAUGUUUCUUGUGCUUCUUUAUGUGUCAUAAAUACUCACAUUUUGUGUGAAUGUACUAAUUUUCAUCUCUUUUCCUGACCCAUCUGUCCUUAGAAAGGAGGCCCUUAUCUGGCGAUCUACCUAUGGAGCUUUAUGUUUCUUCUGUCUCUCUUGAUGAUGACAAUAUAUCCAAUCUUAAUCGCUCCAUUGUUCAAUAAGUUUACCCCUGUAAGUGCUUUUACUAAGUUGAUAACCUCUUAGCUUUUUAUGAGGUAUAAAAGUAGUUUUAAUUUUAUUGAUGCUUGUUUCUUUGAAUGACAUUUGCAGCAUUGUGGCACUUUUCUAUGUUGUUUGCUUGCUAUAUUUCAUCUGAUGUUAUUUAUUUCUCUUGUUCGUCUAUAUCAACUACAACGCUGGAAUGUUGAGACAGCUUCCUGAAGGAACCCUGAGAGAGAAGAUUGAAAAGUUAGCAUCCUCUUUAAGUUUUCCUCUUAAGAAGCUUUUUGUUGUUGAUGGAUCUACGAGAUCAAGUCACAGCAAUGUGAGUAUGCAGUCCUUCACUCUGCCUUACUUUCCCUUUCAUUCCCUUUUGUAUCGUCUUUCUAUGAAUUAUAAUUUCAUCUGGUGGGGAUUCUUACGUCUGUAGUUUGACAAUUUUUUAUUGAUUAGUAUUUAAUGUUUUAUUAAAUUAACAUAAUAUUUUUCUACACCUGACCAUUUAGUCAUUACCGUAAGGAUAAUUGAAAGGUGCUAAUCUGAAUGAAAUUUAUUCUUCUUGCAUGUGAAUAGUUGAUACAAAGUUUGUGCUCCCCUUAUGGAGCCUUGCCUUUGUGGAUUCAUUGUUGUUGCUUGCCAAUUAUGAGUUGGGCGCUUUAACCAUUCAGCCAUGGAUGCUUAACAGGGAUGAUCGUACAUCGUGAAUUUUUGAUUAAAGCGUUUGCAUGAAAUGCAUGGCGUGUAAACUACUUUGUUCUUGUGGCUACAUAUUUUGGACGAUCUGCUUGCAUAUCACUUCUUUUUUUCUUUCAAUUUUUUGAUUUCCCCUUGGCCUUUUCUUUAUCAAUACAUUCCACACUACUGAGCCCGACUCAGUGAAACCAAGGAACGAAAUCAGAUCAAAGAUGUUCGUUUGACUCGUGUGGUUUGCAGUUUUUGGGAUAUUUUUUGAUAAUAAUAAUGAUUGAUUUAUAACUUCUCAUCAACGGUCAAGAGAUAAUAAGAUUUCAAGCAAACUCUGAUGGAAACAACACUAUUUAAACCCACUCCUCGUCAUUUCACCCAAUCCCCACUAGCGUUCAUUCAAUUUGCAGCAUCAGAAGAUGGGGGCAGGUAAUGGAUGAGUCAGUGACUGGGGAGACUGAAGAGGUCUGUAUAGUGGUGGUGAAUUGUGAAGGUGGGGAAGAAGAGGGGAAGUUGAAACAUGCAGCAGCACUACAAGAGUGGGCAGCGAGUGACCAUGACAAUAGUUGUGACAUAUAAAUUUCCUGUUCGUCCUCAUUCCAAGUUGGCAGUGGAAGUGCAGAUAAUGAUGCCACUGAGCUUUUGUUGCUGACGAAUUGAAUGUAAUUUGCUCUAGAGACGUCCAUGCAACUCGUUAGGAUUCGGUGUUAAUCUCAUGGGAAUCUAGGCUUUUGCGACUCUGUUGUGGGGUGAUUAUUACUCUAUUGAACUCCAUUGUGGGGUGAUCUACUUCAUAGAUCCUUGUGAAGAUGAAGUUCGAUAAUUUUAGUAACUGAUCCAAGUUUCAUCUGUCAUGAUUUUGAACAGGUCUUUAGACCCUUAUGAAGGAAUGUUGUGUAUGUACAGCAGAAAACUAUCGAAAAAACUAAUUUUACCUUUUACAUACUCCCCUAAGGUUUAAUGAUGGCUAUGAAGUAGUGCUUUUAAAGAUGUUAAAGUAAUAUUUUUAUCAUUUUUCCUAUUUCUUCUGUUUGAAUAGUUCAUGAUAAAAAUUCUAAGAUGAAGGUAUUAAAAGAACAUUUUAAUCAUUUUCCCCAGCUUUGUGCUUGAAUAAUUCGUGAUAACUAAUCUAAGUGAAGCUACUGGAUGACUAUGUGAAAUUAUACAUUGUAAGUAUUGGGUGAGCUUUAAGUAUCAACUUUGGUAUAUGUUGUAUCCAAUUCCUGAUUCGAGAAGAGUAAGAAAUAGGAGCGAAGUCCAGUUCCAAAAUCAGUUGUAUACUUAGAAACUUAUGAUGGAUCGUAAGGGUGCUGAGUUGUUGUUCACAAUUCCCAGACGCUUGUAAUUUCCCCAGCUAAAGCUGAAACCCUUCAUUUUUUUUUUAUUUUGCUUCCAUAACCAUAAUUUAGUGGUCAGCAUUGCAAUCGUAGGAAGUGCCAUAGUAAUUCUGUCGUUAUCCUCGUUUAAUCCUUGUUUUUUCUAAUUGUUUUAGAGAACUUGGGUGUGUGUAAAGAAAUGCCUUUGCUAAUAUAAAUUUAAUGCAAAAAAGUUCUUGUUUGUGGACCGCUAUUGGCAUAAUCAUAAAUGAAGAUGCUGAGGUAGCUAAAGGUGGAUGCAGAAGUUACGUUAUUUCAGUUUUGGCCUGGCAGUUCAUUUCAUGAGUAAUGCAUUGAUAUGGCUCAUGAGAUACCACUAAAAUUAUAUCAACGUAUGCGUAUUCACAUGACAUGUGACAACAGAUUGGCAUGAGGGGGAAAACAAAUUGAAUUUAGAAUAAUCUUCCUUAGAGCAUAGGAACGCUAAAUGUAUUUUUUUUAUAAAUAAUAUCUGAACUGAGCCAGACAUUUCUAAAUCUGAGAAUCGAGUGUACCAGACUGAGCAUGCUGUGAACACACGGAAGAGAAUUCAUUCAUUUGUUUUAAAGUAGGGAGCCUAAUUCGUAAGCUUGCUUGUUCUUCGAUGAGUUAAGAUUUGGAAACCAGGAAUUGGCCUCGUUUUGUAUGGAUACUCGAAUCAGAAAUAGUAUUCAUGUUGGAUAGCUUGUCUAACAAGUAUGGCACGUGGUUGAAAGUGCAUUGUCAACUCUUCUUGUGAAGUCUGAUAAAUCUGGCAAUGAUGCAUGCCAUAGGCUAACUCGCAUAUGUGCACACAAUGAACAGAAGUAUUGAUGUCAGGUAUCUUUGGAUUACAGUGUCUGUUCAAGAAGAGCACACCUACCCCUUAUGGUGGUGAUGAACACCGCAUACUAAUAGGAAACGGGCUUAGCAAUAGCUUUCCUUUCAGGGAUUAAUGUUAAAGAAUGUAACGUUGUAUCCUGAUAACAUAUUUGAAAGUUUUGGUGCUUAUUGGAUACAACAAUGGGGUUAUAGUGAUGGCCAUGCUGUUUUCUGUGCUUCCACCGUUUCAACCAUAUUCUUUGAAGAAAAUAGGAGUUGGCAACUAGGCAUCUGAUGAUUACUUGGCGUAUUCAUCUGAUGUUCAGUAUUUUGUUACCCAAAAUAUUUUUGGUUUUAGAGAAAAAUAUAAUGAGUUUGGGACGGCCACUUUGUGAGAAAUAUCACCAUGUGCAUCAGACGCAUUGGCCAACAGAUUUCUAUCUAUUUAUCUUUUUACCUUGACAAAGAGUAGGUUUGGAAACAAAAAACCCCCCAAUGAAAAAUAGCAGUGUUCGUAGCGCAAUUACGGCUGCCAUGUUUAUCAUUUCUGUUAUUGUCAUUCCGGUUCUCUUUAAUGAUGUUCAUGUGGUUCACUUUUUUAAGUUAUAUUUCUUAUUUUUUGGCAGGCUUACAUGUAUGGAUUCUUCAAGAACAAGCGUAUUGUUCUUUAUGACACACUGAUCCAACAGGUACACAGUAUUUCAAUAGAUCCGUAGGUACUUACAGACAGUGGUAAUUAUACUCUCUGUGAGUCUGAGGUUGAUUCCUGUGUUCAUUACAAAACUAUGUUGAUUCUUUUCUUGUAAAAUUCUGGCUUGUCCAGAUUUUGCAUAUGCUUAUGUAAUCCUAUUACACCUAAAAGAGAGCGCAUGUAAAUCAGUGUACAGUUUACAUCUUUCAUAAAAGUUGAAAGCAUUUAAAGUGGGCUCGUAUAGCUAACUAGAAAUUUUUGCAGUGCGCAAACGAGGAUGAGAUUGUUGCUGUUAUAGCUCAUGAACUUGGGCAUUGGAAGCUCAAUCACACGAUGUAUUCAUUCAUUGCUGUCCAGGUAUGAUAAUUUCGAAGAAAUCUUAUCUGUGGAUCUCGAAUCUCCGGAUAAGAGAUCUUAAAAUUUUCUGUGUUGUGCAUUUUCUUGCAAUUAUGAACUGUGUACGCCAAAGAUGCUUCCUGAUAUGAUCUUAGAGACUUCAUCCAUUUAUGCUGCAAUGGACAAACCAAAAAAAAUACUUCAGAGAUUUAAUUGUCCGUGUUAACUGCGACAAAUGAUAUAAUUUUUUAUAUUUUAUCUCAGGUUCUUUCAUUUCUGCAAUUCGGAGGCUACACUCUUGUGAGGAAUUCAAAGGAUCUAUUUCGCAGUUUUGGUUUUGACACACAACCUGUGCUCAUUGGUCUGAUGAUAUUUCAGGUAUUUUGUUCAACUGUUUCACUAAUUUCAAUGCAUCAGUUGUCCAAGUCCCCACAGCUUGUUUUCUAGAUCGCUGUUGGUCUAGAAAGUUAUCAAUUUUCUGUCAGUGAUUUGCAUUCUUCACUAGCAUACUCGAUGUAUCUUGUCACUGAAAAUAUUACUCACGAAUUUUAUUCCAAUGUUGACUCUUAGUCGUGUUGACCAAAAUAGUUCCAGGAACUGGGGUUUGUUCCUUCAGGUCCUUUUGAUGAAGCGUUAUUGGCUAAGUGGUUAUGAAUCUGACCAUUGCGGAAAAUAUCAGACCAAGAUUGUUUAGGAAACUACCCGUGCUAACUGUAGCAGAUUGUGCCUAAAGAAAGCUCUCUAAACAACUGUUCCUGUAAUCAGUUUCUCUGUUGAAGAUUUCUUAGGGGUUGGCCACCUUAGUUGCGACAUCCAUGCACUCAGAGGCUUGGGUUACCUGAUAGUUUUAACUAGCUGUUCAGCUGGACAAGCACUGAAGAUAUCUUCUCCACCAAUGAGGCUUUAACUUGUCUGAUAUUGGGCUAUUAUUUGCAUCAUCUAUAAACCUCUCCAAACCAAAAUAUGGUUCGCAAGUUCUCCCUGACAUACCCUCAAUUGUGUUCUCAUUUGCAGCAUACUGUUAUACCUCUCCAGCAUAUUGUAAGUUUUGGGCUUAAUCUUAUCAGCCGCGCUUUUGAAUUCCAGGUAGAGAUGCUCAAGUUGUCCGCUCCAAUUUCUCUGAAAUUUUUCACUUUUUUUAGGGCUCUGCGCAACCAUUUCAGACCAGAUUUCAAACCCUUUCUGUUUCUCAUGGUGGUAUACAGGCUGAUGCUUUUGGAAAGAAGCUCGGUUUUGCUGCAUCUCUUCGUGCAGCUCUUGUGAAGUUGCAGGUGAGUUAACUUAAUAUGUCGGACUCUGCUGACUGUAAGUCGGGCACUUCCAGUUAGGGUUAUGAAAAGUCAAAUGCUUUCAGUUGUUCAUGAGAGGAGCUAUAUAUAAUUUUUUCCUCAGCACAGGCGUUUUUAUUUGGUUUAAUUUUUCAUAUAAUUUUAUUUUCUCAUGGGUUCGCUUUCUCCUGAUUCAUCUCUAUGUUUUAAUCUCUCAUCCUCUCACUGACUACAUCGGAUUUAAGUCCAACGUUGACUAGGGACCCGGUCAGAGGCUUGAAAUCCGCUUUCAAGAGGGGAAAAAAAAGUAAAUAAUAAAAGUCAACUACAGAAUUAGACAUUAUUGUACCAACUAUUAAGUAAUUCAAUUAUAUUUUAAGUCAAAAUCUGCAUUUUAUUAGCAAAGUCAAACAUAUAUUCCCCAUUUUUGAGCUGCGUUAUGUCCUUUCCUGGAUCAUUCCCAAUUUCUCAUCGAAUCAUUGGGGUUGGGGGAGGGCGUAUCACCUCCCCAAGCCUUCAUGGAAACAAGCUCUGAUGGAGCAUCAUCCAUCACAUGCCCUCCAAUCGCCAAUCCUGAUGAGAUAACACGGAUGAUUUCCUUCCAUUUCUCACAGUUAAGGAAGACAAAUGAACAGUCCACAGCUUUAGUCUACCUUGCCUCUUAUCAUAAUUUGGCAUGUUUAAUUUUUUAUUUUUUACCUCUGAUCAAUGUCUGGGGACUUAAUAUUUCCUUCCUCUUUGAAAAAAAACCCAUCAUGCUUGCUUUGCGUCUUAUAUAUCACAUGGGCUGGGAACCAAGGGGCAACGAUUUUGAGCAGUAAUUGUUACACUGGUCAUCUAAAAUCGGUGGGGGGUUCUUUCUGUGCAGGAGGAGAACCUGUCGGCUAUGAACACCGAUCCAUGGUACUCGGCCUAUCAUUACUCACAUCCCCCACUGGUGGAGAGGCUGGCAGCUCUCGAUGAACUUGAUAAGAAGACAGAUUAG